UGCGCGCUUUCCUGCAGACCCGGAAGCCGAUUUCCCGGAGCAACGGUUGCGCUCGGAUGAGUGAGUCUCCAUUUUUCUGGUUCUUGCCCUGGAGCGGCUCCUCGGGCCCCGCCUCCCCACCCAGGUUUCGGGGGCGCCUGGUAAGAUGUUGAAGAAUGGUCUGGAUUGAUGUGGAACUUUGUUCCAGCAGAGCCCAUCCGUUUAUGGUGCAGAGAUUGCCCAGAGCUCAUCUCCCCAGUAUAACCUUACCUGAGAAAGAAGGCUAGAAGAAGAGAGAGAAAAAGGAGGAAUGGCUCUUCUCCAGGGGUGGUUGACAUUCAGGGAUGUGGCCAUAGAAUUCUCUCAGGAGGAGUGGGAGUGUCUGGACCCUGCUCAGAGGGCCUUGUACAGGGACGUGAUGCUGGAGAACUACAGGAACCUGGUCUCCCUGGGUGAGGAUAACUUCCCUCCCGAAGUCGGAAGCCCUUCAGCUGGAUUUAUAAUCAAGGAAUUAUCACCAAUAGAGGACAUUAAUAAAGGAGAAUUGUGCCACCUGGUAAUACUGGAGAGAAAUGAAAGUCAUGGCAUCCAGGAUUUUGAUCUCAAGGAAGUCUGGGAAAAUAUGCAUGAGUUAGAGACUCAGUGGGAGUAUGAUGCAAAAAAUUACAAAGAAGUGCCUUUGACCCAUGACAAAAAUCUCACUUGUGGAAAAGACCAGCAACUUAAUCAGUCCUCAGUUACUCUUCCUGAAAAGCAGAGUGUUUCUGUAAGAAAUAAUACGUACCAGUAUUUCAUGCAUGAGGAGCCAUUUAUGAGGAAUUCGUUAAAACUGGGCGGUAACAGAAGUGGUUCUGGAAACCAGUACAUAAACUGCAUGGAAAAUAGAACUGGAUUAAGUUUGCGGGCACAUCUGGCUGAACCCCAGAGAUUUCACAGUGAGGAGGAAAUGUAUGAAUGUAGUAAUCCAACUGAGAAGUCUGUCAGCAAUGGUUCCUCAGUCUCACCACUUCAAGAAAUUCCUCCCAGUACAAAACAUUGGAAUAAAUCUAGGAAGAUUUUUAUAUAUCCUUUGUUACCGCACAAGACAGAAGAGCAUACACUAGAGGAAAAUCUUACAAAUGUAAUGACUGUGGGGAGGCUUGUAGCAAAAGCGCAAUCUCAUGAGUCAUGAGAGACUUCAUUCUGGACAGAGACCUUACAAAUGUAAUGACUGUGGCAAGCCUUUAUUGGAGCGCUCACAUCUGACUCGACAUAAGAAAAUCCAUACUGGAGAGAAACCUACAAUGUAAUGAAUGUAGCAAAGCCUUUGCUGAGCGUUCAGGCCUUACUCAACAUGAGAAAAUCCAUACUGGAGAGAAACCUUACAAAUGUAAUGAGUGUGGCAAAACUUUUAAGCAGUGCUCCCACCUCAUUAGACAUCAGGAUACACAUCCUGGAGAGAGAACCAUACAAAUGUGAUGUAUGUGGCAAGGCUUUUAUCCAAAGCUAUAACCUUAUAGAACAUCAGAGGAUCCAUACAGGAGAAAAACCAUAUAAAUGUAGAAAAUGUCAUAAGGCUUUUAGCAGACGUUCAAACCUCUGGGGUCAUGAAAGAACUCAUACUGGAGAGAAACCUUACAAAUGUAAUGAAUGUGGCAAAGCUUUUAUACCAAAUUUUCAAAUCUUACUACACAUCAGAAAUACACACUGGAGAGAAACCAUACAAAUGUAAUGUGUGUGACAAGGCUUUUAUCCAAAGUUCAAACCUUACUGACCAUCAGAGAAUUCAUACAGGUGAAAAACCUUAUAAAUGUAAUAAAUGUGAUAAGUCUUUUAUCAAACGUUCACAUCUUUCGGGUCACGAGAGAACUCAUACUGGAGAGAAACCAUUCAAAUGUACUGAGUGUGGAAAAGCCCUUUACAGGAACGUUCACAUCUUACUCAGCAUAAGAAAAUCCAUACUGGAGAGAAACCUUAUAGAUGUAAUGAGUGUGGCAAAGCUUUUACCCAAUUUGCAAACCUACUAGGCAUCAGAAAAUACAUAGUGAAAAGAAACAGCAUAACCUGAUAUGUGUGGCAGUGCUUUUAUUCAAAGCUCAAGCUUUGGGGAUCAUCAAAGAACUCAUAGGAGAAAGAAACCUUGCAAAUAAAAUGAGCAAGGCUUACUCAACGGCAGAGAUUCCAUCAUGGAGAGGAAUCAUAUGAAACUAACAUGUGGCAAAGCUUGUAACCAUGGCUCACACCUCCCCUGAUAUCAGAAUAUAAAUCUCUAAAAGAAAGCACCAAAUGGAAGUAUGGCAAGGCUUAUCCAAGCUUAUUAUAUCUUGUGAUGUAAUUUUUACUAGAGGGAAACCUUACAACUGUAAUGAGUAUGAUCAGGUUUAUAAAAAUGUACAGAUUGGGGAGAGGGGUAAAAUAGGUGGAUGGGAUUAAGAGGUACAGACUUCUAGUGAUUAAAAAAAAAACAAAAUGUA